AUGAGCGGGAAAAGGUCUCAGCCGCAGGAGAUGGUGCAGGUCGAUGGCUCCGAGCGACCCUCGUCACCAUUCUGGCGAAGCCGCUCUUCUAGCUCCCACCAGGUCCCCGGAAAGUCGACCAAAGUGAUCGGUGCAUCCUAUUCGCAUGCUGAUCUACUCAAAUCUUUGGGGUCUGGAUCUCGACCACGGACUCCUCCAAGCUCCUCCAACCGACCAUCGCAGACCCCUCCCUACGAAAAGAAAUCCUUCCAUUCGCCAGAAAGAAAGCCAUACCCUAGCUAUACGUCUUCAGUUUUGGGUGAAAGUUGGGAUGCGCUAGGCGGUGAGGACAUUGAUGGGGACGAUGAUGACUUGGUCUACGAAGAAGACGAGGACGAGUUCGGCCUCCCCAGCAUUGCAAGCAUGCGUCGGAAACGGAGUAUCAAGAACCGAACACUCAAAUCUCAGGCCGUCACAUAUCCCAAGCUCUCACAAACCCCGUCCGCUCCUGCACUUGCACCGCCUGUCUCACUGGAUCGCGCCAGAUCAGGUAGUUUCGAUAUUGCCGAAGAACGAAAUCCGCUGUCAUAUCCGAGCACAAAGAAGGGAGACGGGAAGAUUCUAAGACCUCAAUAUAAGGAGAUCCUAAAGGAUCCAGCAAACUCUCUGCACCUCAUCAACCAUCCCCCCCUACCACCGAACGCGACGCCAAAGGAAGUCGAAGCUCACAACACGAGGAUAUCUCGAAUCAACAAAUUCAAGCGGAUCUUGCAAGCAACAUCAGUCUCGUUGCCAGACUUGCGAGCUGCAGCAUGGUCUGGAGUACCUGAGGAGGUACGCGCGAUCACCUGGCAACUCCUGUUAGGACACUUGCCCACCAACAGUGAGCGCCGAGUUGUAACUCUCGAGCGCAAGCGGAAGGAAUACCUGGAUGCCGUUCGUCAAGCCUUCAACACCGGCAAUAUGGCGAACCGUAAUGGGUCCAACACUGGUCCAGCCGGGCCUACGUCGCAGCCACCGGGCAGUGCAGGCCGGGGUCGGGGGUUGGACGAGGCAGUUUGGCAUCAGAUCAGCAUCGACGUGCCCCGGACAAAUCCCCACAUCCCGUUGUACGCAUACGAAGGUACACAGCGGUCGCUGGAACGCAUUUUGUACGUAUGGGCGAUUCGACACCCUGCUAGUGGGUAUGUGCAAGGAAUCAACGAUCUUGCCACCCCUUUCUGGCAAGUCUUUCUGGGGACAUACAUCACGGACCUGGAUAUAGAGAGCGGCAUGGACCCGGGGCAACUCCCGAAGGCGGUGCUUGAUGCUGUGGAAGCGGACACCUUCUGGUGUUUAACGAAGCUUCUGGAUGGGAUUCAGGACAACUACAUUGUGGCCCAACCGGGCAUUCACCGACAAGUUGCAGCGCUGCGAGACCUCACUACACGGAUCGAUUCGGGACUGGCCAAACACUUCGAGAAUGAACAUGUGGAAUAUAUGCAAUUCAGCUUUCGCUGGAUGAACUGCCUGCUGAUGCGGGAGUUGAGUAUCAAAAACGUGAUACGGAUGUGGGACACAUAUAUGGCAGAGGAGAACGGGUUUUCCCAGUUCCACCUGUACGUGUGCGCGGCGUUUCUGGUCAAGUGGUCGGAGCAAUUGAUGAAGAUGAACUUUCAAGAAAUCCUGAUGUUUCUACAAGCGCUGCCUACGCGGGGCUGGACCGAGAAGGACAUUGAACUACUAUUGAGCGAGGCUUUCAUUUGGCAGAGUCUGUUCCGGGGCUCGAGGGCGCAUUUGCGAACAUCGAAUAGCACCAUCCCCAUGGGGUCACUGGGUCCAUCGCAUUAA